AUGGGGUGCUGUGGUUCGAAGGAAGAUACAUGUGGUCUGGUUUACAUGGAGAUGCUCCGACGACUCGGUGUGACGCCAACAAGCACCGAAGAUGCCGCUGCGUUGUCGAGGCGGAACUCGGAAUUUAGGAGAAUAUUGGCCAUGAAUAGAGGGAAGUGUUGGGACGCCACUGGGGCGGUCUGCGCUACGGUCGAGCAACUUCAGAUAUUUGCCCACGAGACAUGGCAGCUUUCUUCGGUUCAUGCGUACAAUGAGCAACUUCUCCGGGACGCCGCAGAGGACAUCUGCCGUUUCAACAGUGUCUUUUCUGCCGGGUUUACCGUUGUCCUGCGGCGAUGUGACUAUCGACCGUGGCUGUUGUGCAUGUGCGAAUUCUAUCGUGUGAUGGGCGUCUUCGAGAAGUUCAAAUUGUUGGCGAAUGGAGGCUGGGAGAGGAAAAGUGUUACAGCUCUGAGCCUCACAAAGUGUUUAAAUGCAUUGAAAACAGAGUUUGCAUCCGCCUUUGCGUCGAGUAAAGGACCUGGUUCAGCCUUCCAGCCUCCCGCAUCCGCCUCGGCAGCUGCUGUGUUGGAGCAGGUCUCGCGGUGGUCCCGUCAUUCCUUGAGUGUCGGAGAAGGGGACGACGGCGGUGCGCCUACACGUGUUGUUCCACUUGUGACUUUGGUGCGUUGGCUGGUCCUGCGGCAUGUGAUGUCGCUCUCUUCUGAAUGGACGCCCUCUGCCCCGGCGACGCCAAAGAAGAGGGAGAAGGAAGAGGAGAAGGAAGAGGAGAAGGAAGAGGAGAAGGAAGAGGAGAAGGAAGAGGAGAAGGAAGAUGAGAAGGAAGAGGAGAAGGAAGAGGAGAAGGAAGAGGAGGUUGCUGCUUCUGCCUCUUCCUUGCGGGAAAGGGAGGUGGGGGAAUUGGAGGAGGCAAAACAAAGUUGGAACGAAUUGUUUUUGCAAAAGAGGUUGUUGCUGAGGCGUGUGCUCGGGGACGUUUUGGAGCUGACGGCUUUCUUUGAUGCCAUCACUCGUGGAACGCAAAGGCUUUCGGAGGCAGAUGCCAAAACGGGAAUGUACGAGCACUUUGCAAUGGAGGAGUGUUUUGAGAAUCGAUCGGUUCACGAUACGCUUGUGCAGUUGGCGUUCCGUGCGGCGGUGAAGGAAUGGGGGGACGAUCCUUCAUGCAUCAAAGCCAUACCUCCUUUUAGACUGUUCUUACAGGCGUACAUCGCGGUGCUGGAGCUUUACCAUCAGGUGAUGAGGCAUGAGGGCAUGUCUUGCGGUAAAGACCCCUUGUAUGGGUCACCCGCUCCUGAUUUGGACAGGGAGUUUCUGAAGCAUGUGCUUAAGGCGGUGUGCAGCGACAGCGAUGGCAGCAACGACGACUGCGCCGUCCAAGUUGUGCGUUCCCUCUUUGGUGAAUACGACGACUCCAGGCAAGUUUCUUUUCUUCAGGUUGCGAGUGCAUGGACAGCGCGCCUUGUGCGGAUGGGGGAGAGGAGGGAAUUGAAGGAUAUUUCUGAGUUGCUUCAUGCGCUUGGGCUUUGCGAUCGAAGCAGACGGGCAUCUCUUCUUUCCUUGCUUGUGGCUCAUGGGUGGGAAUCCAACGAGACGGCGGCGAUGUUUAACGCUUUGAGGGUGGAGGUGGACUUGCCGAGUUACAGCCACGCGGAUGAAGUUGCAUGCGCCUGCGUCUACAGCCAGUGGGUGACGGAGUGGGAGAUGUGGGAGCGAUUAUCCGCGUCUUCAGGAGAGAAGGGGGAUGGAAGGGAUUCUUACAGCGCGGAUGGGAACAGCAUCCUUGCAGAUAUCCACUUGAGACGUUUACUACACGGUGUGUAUGGCGCCAUGGUCGCCGUGAGAGCGUUAGAGGAAACGUUUUUACAGGACGAUUCCGGUUUUUUUACGGGUUUUAACAAACAUGCAUGGAGUGCCGAAACACCUGUGCCGAUGCAGGCUCGUUCUAAUGUUCUGCGUGUGUCGACCGUCACUCUUGGGCUCCAGGGUUUUGGCGAGGCGCCAGCGAGAACAACUGAGGGGGGCAAGGAACAAGGUGAAAUGGACGGACCGGAGAUGGAGUAUGAAACAGUCCUGUCUUUGGUGCAGUAUGUUUCAUCGUACUAUGUGGCGGAUCGAAUGCAAUGUUGGAAAGAUGAGGCAUGGCGGCGUUUACAAUCCACAUGGCCUGUGAGCAACGGCGAUGCGCGGCUGCAUGCAUUCUUUCAAAGUGUCAUUCAACAGGAAUACAAGACGGACUUUGCUUCAGAGGGAGAAAUAGAUGGAUCGCAUUCUUUCUGUGAUAAACUCUACGCGCAGUAUGCCUCUGAUGUUCUGCCCAUAAUGUCGUCGUCGGAGUUUCGGGCCCUAUGCUGCAAAGCUGUGUGCGUUGUAGGCGAUCCCAACACUUUCAACCUCACUGUGGAAGAACUUCCUGCAUUUCUGCGGUAUGUUUUGCGAUACAUGCACGUAUUGAUCUCGUUUGGGGUGCCCCACAAUGGCCAUGUAUUCGAUGGUGCAGCGAUAACAUGGGACAAAAUGCGGGAAUGGGUGCUGCGUGAACUUGGGGACGCCAUGGACGGGGUUCUUGCGACGGAGCUUAAGCAGUUUGCAGCCAAACACGAGGAUGCUGUCUCGCUGCCGGACUUGGCAGGCUGGUUUGCACUUCGGGGGGCAACCUGGGGUUUUGCUGGGGCCCGGAUGCACGUCUGGAUGCACAGCGUGCGAGAAAUGAUUCCAGUGAGGGCCACGGCUGGCGACAGGAAAAAACGUCGAGAGCUCACGAGUGAAUUCGGUACGGCCGACCACCACAUACCGAUUGGCGCCCUCAUGGAGCUGUGUUCCACACGCUACAAACUCUGGCGGGUUUGGCCACUGGAGCUUGGAAGCGGCUUCGUGUUGUUUUGUGUGCGAGAAACCAACGAUGUUUUGCAGCGUUUGGACCUGCAGGAUCGCCGAAUACACCAAAGGGACCUCUGUUUAUUGCUGUUAUUCAUCCACACUUACCUGGACGUCUUUCUUGAAGUGGAGUGCAUGGCUGAGAUGAGGGCUGCUGCCACAGGCAACCCAGCAGUAGCGGCGCUGCAGGAGGAAGGCGAUGCGGGAAAGAUGUGGCACUCAAAAAAUCAAGAUUUACUCGCAUGGAUGCAUGCGCCAUGGGAAGAUGACACAAUCCGCUCUGCUCUGCAAGAAAUUGUGAGGAGCAGAGGCCUGGACGAGGAGACAUUGUUGGGCGAUAUUUUGGACAGCGGGGCGGUGCCACGCACCACGUCACACAUGGCCCGUUCUGUGGCUUCUUUUGUGGCUCGUGCCACCGUUGCCUCCGCAUUUCAGCAGUUUUGUGAAAAGGCAGCGGAAAGGCGUCGGUCAGAGUCCGUGUGGUGCCGCCUGCGUGAACGACUUCCCAGCGAUGACUCGACGGAGCAGCGCGGGAAGCGUCAGCAUCUUUUUACGCUCAUGGACGUGCAGGGUCGGGGGAUUCUUACCUUGUGUGACCUGUACCGCGGAAUGGUGGAGCUGCUCGCCCUGCAUGAGUUCCGCGAGGACUUGCAGCCGGUUGUUUUUCGCGCCUUUUUUGCCACGAAGACGGUGACAUUUCCGCAGAGGAGCGUGGUGUACCUUACCGACGGCAACGAGCAGUUCAUUACGGCCGCGGAGUUCCGCGCGUUCCUCUGGUACGUGUACACUUACUUUGAGCUAUACCACAUGUUUGACACUCUCUGCAUGAAUGGUCCGAACCCAGCGAAGAAGGAGGUGCCAUUGGAGGCGUUUUUGGCGGCUACACCGCUAUUGAGGAGUUGGGGGUUUUGCGUUGACGACAUGGCGGCGGCGUUUGCGACGAUUAGCGGAAGAUGUAAAGAAGGGGGCGCAAUGUACUUCACAGAGUUUGCCGUGUGGGCGUCACGGCACCAGCUGACUCCAGAGAGAUGCUUCCAAGACGAGGAAUACGAACAAGACAAGGAAGAAGAGGAAGAAGAAGAGGAAAAGGAAGAAGAGACGAUGAUGGGGCUGAGGAGUGAAUGUGAGGACAAGGAUGGGGAAAGAUGCAACGCUGCGGCUUGA